AGCGUGUCCGAGCUCGGGGAUAUGGUGGACAUCGUGUACCGGACCCGGUCACUCGGGGUGGCCGCGGUGGGCUUGCCAGACCAGUACGCGGACGGCAGAGCGGCCAAAGUCUGGCAGCUGUACAUUGGCGAUACGAGGAGCCGCACGGACGAGUACCGCAGCGCCGUAGUGCAACUGCUCCGACAGCAUCAGUGUCAACGGGUCCUGGACGUGGCGUGUGGUACCGGAGUGGAUUCCAUAAUGUUAGUGGAAGAAGGCUUCACCAUGGUGAGUGCAGAUGCCAGUGACAAAAUGCUGAAAUAUGCGUUAAAAGAGAGAUGGAACCGAAGGAAAGAAGAGGCGUUUGAUAAAUGGGUGAUCGAGGAAGCUAAUUGGUUGACCUUACCCAACGACAUCCAGAAGCCCGGUGAUGGAUUCGAUGCUGUAAUUUGUUUAGGAAAUUCGUUUGCGCACUUACCAGACUUCAAAGGUGACCAGAGUGACCAGAAGCUAGCCCUGAGAAAUAUUGCCAGCAUGGUAAAACCAGGUGGGAUUUUAAUCAUUGACCACAGGAACUAUGAUGCCAUCUUAGAUACUGGCGAAGCACCGAAAGGCAAAAAUAUUUAUUACAAGAGUGACCUCACCAAGGAUAUAAGUACUUCUGUGCUGUAUGUAAACAACAGACCUCACAUGGUGACACUGGAUUAUACUAUUCAGGUUCCAAACAUGGACAACAAUGAACAAUCAGAUGUGAGCACCUUCCGCCUGUCCUACUACCCUCACCGCGUGGAUGCCUUCACGGAGUUGCUGAAGAAUGCUUUCCAAGGUAAAUGUCAGCACAGCCUGUACAGUGACUUCAAACCCCACACGCCAGGCCAGGAUUACGUUCCAUGCUAUUUCAUCCAUGUGGUGAAGAAGACUGGCUGAACAACUCUUUCUCAGGAGAGAUGAAGACUUUGUCACUGGGGACGAUGGGGUUAGGCAAUAUACAAUUACAAGAGCAAUGACAAAAAGGAAGUGCAUGGAGGGAAGAUUGAAAUAGGAGGUGCAAAUCAUCAUUGUUAGCAGAUUGUAGGUUCAUGUCUUCUAUUUAGCAAUUGGUGUGGAUCAUGGUUGAGAAAGAUAAUCUGUAUAAUUACAUUGUAAUUUGUAAAAGACUGGCUGAAUGUGUCAACUGUUGUCCCUGUAUCAGACUCAGACCCAGACCCAAAGCUGUCAACAUUGACCAAAUAUUAGGAAUGGCAUUUGUGUUCAGGAAGAGUGACUGUAGACCAAACUUGUCCCUGUCUCCUGAAAAUGGCCAUAGCGGGUGAGUGGGCACCACAAGCCUCUAAAGCCCCCCAGCACUGUGUCCAGGAGCAUUAUUCUGUAAGGCCAGGAAGCAAAUGUAGGUGUGCACACAUCCAUUGAGCCCAGUGCGAUCAGCCUGUUUACUCAAGGACCUUCCAUGUCUUACAUGGUUAAAGCAGCACAUGACAAGAGUGUCACAGCAAUUCUGCGGUUUUGCUUUUGUUGUCCUGUAAGUCAAGGGAAAAGUUUCAAGCCAGAGGCUAUUUGCAAACAGAAAGCCUCACCUUUGACC